GAUAUAUCAAAUCUUAACCAUUAACAACAGGUUACCUAUCUUGUCAUAGUAAUUAAUAUUUAACAAUGAAAUACUUAGCUGCUUACUUAUUAUUGGUUAACGCCGGUAACGCCACCCCAUCUGCUCAAGACAUCAAGAACGUCUUAGCUGCCGCUGACAUUGAAGUCGAAGAAGACAAGGUUGAAAAGUUAAUCGCCGAAGUUGAAGGUAAGAACGUUGAAGAAUUAAUUGCUCAAGGUAACGAAAAGUUAUCCUCUGUUCCAACUGGUGCUCCAGCUGCUGCUGCUGGUGGUGCUUCCGCUGGUGCCGCUACUGAAGCCGCUGAAGAAGCUGCUCCAGAAGAAGCUGCUGAAGAAUCCGACGAUGACAUGGGUUUCGGUUUAUUCGAUUAAACAAAUUGAAAAGAAAAUUCAUAUUCAUUCCAUAUUGUCAUGUAUUUUUAAAGCACAUUUAAUGAUUUUUGUAUAACCAAAAAUAUACGGGGUCUACAUUCAGAUGUUUAUCACUAUUAUUGUAAAAUUAACUAUAAUUCAUCGGCAAAAGCCUUUCUUAAUCCCAUAGGGUUGCCAAACACUUCGUGUCUAGCAAUUAACAUUUCUCUAUCAAAGUCCUUCUCAUGUUGAGAAUAGUCGUCUCUUUUGGUGUUUUCCUUGCGUAAUUCCACUUCUUGAGCUAACCAGCUUAUGAAAUCCUUGGAUGGCUGAAGUGAAGGAGUUUCUUUAUGUAACUCUACUAAUUUUGUAAAGUAAGUUUUCAUUUGGUCGGCAAUGACUUUGUUUUCAAUCAAUGACUUUUGAAUAAACAGCGAGAAUUGUUGUUCUGGUACUUGCUCUUCUCGCUUAGUUUCUGUAGUAUCAUGUAAUUGCAAAUCUUCCAAGAUGUUAGCUGCUCGUAUUCUUGAUUCUGGUCCCAAACUUGGAAAGAUAUCGACAAUAUCGUCUAAUCCGUAACUAUGAUCAAAUGUGAAAUACUGUUUGGCAAAAGACGAAUCUUGAGCCAAUGCUUGAAUAAUACCAAGAACUCGUUUUUGGAUAACAUCCUUUGAAUCGUGUAAUUGUUUAAAUAGAUCACGGAUAUAAACAUCGUCUACAUCAUCCAACAAGUUUCUAAUUGCCUCGGGAUUAUUUCUCAAUGAAGCACCGAUUAUUCUAUAAAUUUGAUCAGUGACGUCUGUGUCUUGAUAUGCAGUAGCAACUUUGAUUAAAUUCUUCGUGGUAGGGCCAUCUCUGGUUAUCCUUACUCCAAACUCAAUAUCAUGACUUAAAUCUUCAAGGGUAUCCAAUGCAAGCUUAAACCUUUCAACAUCUUUGCCAACGUCAAACUGUCCUGCUUCUUCCAUAGCAGCAUCAAAAUUGUUCAAAUCGUGAACAUUGACUUUGGAACGGCCACUUGAUUUAUGUUUUCUUAUAGCCUCUUGUAUCAACUGUUCUUGCUUAGAUGGUGGAACCUCUUCUUCAGACUCAACAACAACCACUCCUGCUUGUUGUUCUUUACUUUCCGAGUUCUCGUUAGGAUCCAUUAGUUUUGCUUCUCGUUGUAAAGUGUCUAUGUUCAAUCGUACGUGUAAUCCAGGGGGUAUAUCUUGUCCGGGUUUAAUAGUUUGCCACUCCCAGCUAGGUUGAAAAAUUCGGGGAUAACAGUCUAGGGGGUCGUUUGGAUUUUGACAGAUAAGACUUUGUCUAUUAUUAAGUGCUGCUGCUGUGGUGCUUGCUGUAAGAUAAAGUGCAAGUGAUAAGAGCCAAGUUGAUUUCAUGUUUUGUUUACUGAGAAAAACAAAAAAGAACCUUAUAGAAGGGUUU